AUGCUACAUGCAUUGACCACCCCCAGUUUAACUCAAUCCGAGCCAACCCUCUCAAGGGAUGCAUGUGAAGGAGAUGUAGAGGACGAAGAGGUUAUCACCGACUCGUUCAUGUUCCCGGAUGCUGAAAACCUUGUAGAAGCAGGCGACACCUCCGAAGCCCAAUGGCUGGACUCUUUACUUGAAACUCUUGGUGAUGACGACGACAGCGACGCGAAUUCUCUACCAGCAGAUGACGAUGAAGACCAACCGCUUAGCCCGCUUUUAUCACCGAUGUCGUCGUCGGACGACCUGACUUCAUCUGCCUACUGUAUAUCAUCCAUUUCAGCACCCUAUCCUUAUCCUUAUCCUGUCCCCUACCCACCUUUUCAUCCUCCUCUUGUACACUCAUGCGCUGAUUCUCUUGAGACUUCCCUUUUUGCUUCCUCCUAUGACAAUCCGUUCCCGUAUUGCGACGAGGAUGACGUUGCAGACCUUCCCGUUCCCGACUCCAUAGAAGAUACGUCAGACGAUGAAUCCGACACACCAUUGACUCCCUCCCUUGGACAUUCGAGCUCAUCGUUGGAUUUCAUUGAACAAGCUACCGUAUCUUCUCCGGACGAAAGGAUCUCGCUCGGUCGAACCGUCCCUGGUCUAUUUAUUAACACUCCCGAUUCUUGCUUCUAUCCCCACCCUGAAGAUUUUCACUUGCCCUACGUCUAUCAAGAGUGCUGA